AUGGACUUCUACUCCCCUCAUAUCUUCCGCUCCAAUAAGCUUGAUCGCUUCUCCCCUCGCAGUCGCAGGCUAGGGACCGACAUUUCCACGUUCCCAUCUCUCCUCAAUGAAGCUGCGACGGCUCUCCAUUCUUCUCCUAUCGCAAAAACACCGCCGCAUAUCCUUCCCAUCGGCGUUGGCUUCAUAUGCUGGGGAGCCGACCUCUCUACGGCCCUCUUUGGUGCCGAUGCGGGUGGUCAUGGACUUGCUCAGUCGAGCUCCAUCAUUACCUUGCUGCCGGAAUGUGCUGAUGCCUUGGCGAAAGAUGGAUACGGGGAUAUUACCCUCAUUGCUACUGGUGGAAUUGUAGAUGGGAGAGGUGUUGCUGCUGCGUCGACAUUAGGUGCAAGCGGUGUUUGCAUGGGAACUCGGUUCUUUGCCUCGCCCGAGGCGGCAAUCGGCGAGGGAUAUAGGAAUGCGAUUGUCGAUGCCAAAGAUGGUGGUGUGGCCACUGCUCGGACGACUGUGUAUGAUCGGUUACGAGGGACAGUGGGAUGGCCGGAGACGUAUAAUGGCAGGGGCGUACUGAAUCAGAGUUUUCGAGAUCAUGCGCAUGGGAUGAGCGAAGAUGAAAGCAAGAAGCUGUACGAGGGCGCGAUGAAACUGGGGGAUCGGGAAUGGGGUGAUAAUGGGAGAAUGACUACUUAUGCGGGAACUGGAGUGGGCCUGAUUCAUAGGGUUCUGCCGGCUGGUGAUAUUGUGAGGGAGGUUUUGAAAGAUUCGAGAGAUAGUUUAGUUAGGGCGGGGAGCAACCUGUAA